UUCAUCAUCAAGUGCACUAUGCUUUUCUCCAGAAUUGAGUGCUGUAGGAUAAGAUUUGCAUUCUGAGACGCUUUAAUUUGUUUAAAAACUUUCUGAUACUUUCGUGCAAUAGAAAGUUUGAUUUUGAUAGAAAAUGGGAAAGACCUCAAAGGAUAAGCGUGAUAUAUAUUAUAGGAAGGCGAAGGAAGAAGGAUGGCGAGCCCGGAGUGCUUUCAAGCUACUCCAAAUUGAUUCGGAGUGUCAUAUUUUUGAUGGAGUAUCCAAAGCAGUGGAUCUGUGUGCUGCACCUGGAAGCUGGAGCCAAGUCUUAGCUCGUAAGCUAAAUGAAAACUAUAAGAAGGCUUUAGAAAAAGGUCCUGCACCUAAACCAAAAAUCAUCGCAGUUGAUUUACAAGCAAUGGCACCCUUGGAAGGAGUUGUCCAACUACAAGGUGACAUUACUAAUAGUAGCACAGCAGAACAGAUUAUUGCACACUUUGAUAACUCCCGUGCAGACUUGGUGGUAUGUGAUGGAGCACCUGACGUAACCGGUCUACAUGAUAUGGAUAUAUUUAUCCAGUCACAGUUGCUAUUGGCUGCUUUGAACAUAGCUACGUAUAUUCUGAAACCUGGAGGAACAUUUGUAGCAAAGAUCUUUCGUGCUAAGGAUGUAUCACUUUUAUAUGCUCAACUGAGAAUAUUUUUCCCUUACGUCUAUUGCACAAAACCCAGCAGUUCCCGUAAUUCAAGUAUUGAGGCUUUUGUAGUCUGUAAGGAUUACAGUCAGCCAGAAGGUUAUGAACCAAAUAUGUUGAAUCCUUGGAUGAUGGAGGAGUCGUGGGAUUUCGAAAAAUUGACAGGAGUGAAUAGGACCAUUGUUCCAUUCGUUGUGUGUGGAGAUCUCAAUCAGCCCGAUUCCGAUAUGAGCUACCCACUAAAUUAUGAUGGUAAGGAAUACAAGUACCAUGAACCAGUACAAGCUCCCAUAGCACCGCCUUAUGCGGAAGCAUUGUUAAUGAACAGAAAAAGAGCUGAGAAAAGUGGUUCUACUUCCAAUCAAAAUGACAUUGACGUCGACUUGAGCUCGCUGGACAUCAAAGCAGCAAUAGAAUGUGAAAAUGAAUCGUCAAUAUCUCAAAUCAAAUUGAUUUCUGAUGAUAAUGACUUUGACAAUGAGGCAAGUAUCUCUGCGGAAGUUGUGCAGGAUGAAAGUAGCGAAGAGGAAAUAGUCAUCGGAUUACAAAAUUUAUAUCAGCUUGACAUUUCUGACUAUAACACUGGCUUCAGCGAGAAAAACGAUGAAGUAAAUGAAUGCACAAAUGAGACGUCUGAAGUGUUGAUUGCUGCUAGUGUUCCUAAUGUUUCAGAUAAAAUAAUCUGAAUUUAAUGAAAACUUGAUUAUUGAGAGAAUAUUGAAGAGAAAACAGACAUACACAUCAGUAUAUCACAAUUUUUAAACUUAUACCUAAAGAAGCAGAAAAUACGGAUAACUGAAUGCACUGCAAAACAAUUAAUUUAUUUCUUGGUAUUAUA